AAUCACUUGUAUCACUUCCCAUCACUGAGUUCUCCAUCUCUCCCUUCAUUCGUUCUCUUUUAUCUCUGUCAGCCUCCUUGAGAAGCAAACCAUCAUGGCAAAACAGAGAAGCAGCCAGAGUUCUCGAAUUCUGUGGGCCGCAUUUGCUGCAAUGCUCUUGCAGAAUUUGGUCAUUCCCGUCGUGUCUUUUGCUUCAUUUGAAGAAGAGAAAAACUACUACACUCCUGAUCCACAUACCGGAAGUCCACCAACAGGUUCAAGCACACCACCCUAUCAUGCAACUCCAUCUCAUGGAAGCGGUAGCCAUGAAAGCAAACCACCAGCAAACUGUGGCAACCCUCCAAAAGGAGGGCAGCAUCAUGACCCUACCCCAGCUUCUCCUUCAGGUGGCUACUAUCCCCACCCUCCAAGUACACCUACACCUACACCUAGUACCCCAUCCACACCCACUAUUGUAACCCCACCAACUACUCCUAUCAUUGACCCUGGCACUCCAAGCACUCCUGCGACCCCAACACCAUCACCUCCUUUUACAUGCGAUUACUGGAGGACUCACCCGGGACUGAUAUGGGGCUUGUUUGGUUGGUGGGGAAAUGUUGGUAGUGCAUUUGGCGUGGCUAGUGCUCCAGGGCUCGGCUCAAACAUGAACUUGCUGCAAGCACUUUCAAACCAACAUACCGAUGGACUUGGGCAACUCUACAGGGAAGGCACAGCUUCUUUGCUGAACUCCAUGGUUAGCAAGAGAUUCAGUUACAGCACCACCCAAGUCAAGAACAAUUUUGCUACAGCACUCAGCUCAGACAGCGCUGCAGCAGCUCAGGCUCAGUUGUUCAAGUUAGCCAACCAGGGUCGGCUCAAGCCCAGCGCUUGAAAAGUCAUUUUCACAAUUAUCAUCAAUAUCUUGUUAUUUCUAGUUCUUUAUGAUAUUUUGUGUGAUUAGUUUAGGAUUAAUGUUUAUCUGCUUGUCGUUAUCAAAAUUAAUGUUCUUUCUGUUUGCUUUUGAAUCUUACAAAAUCAAGAGGAUACCAACCUUCAUUGUUUAAUCAGUUAUCAGUAAAACAUUUCUUGUUGUAUUACAAGUGUGAAUGACUCC